AUGAACCGUCAGCAGCGCCCUCGACCAAACCGUGGUGGUCAGGCGCAACCCAGAAACUCGCGCGGAGCAAACGUUCCCACGACAGCCCAAGUCGUGCCAGGAGCGGCGGUAUCAAUAGUGCUCAAGGCCGAUCAACCGACGGGACGAGAGGUCCAAGGCACAGUGAAAGAUCUGCUUACUAGGGGCGAACACCCGCGCGGCAUCAAGGUCAGGCUACAAGAUGGCAAAGUUGGAAGGGUGCAGAGGAUGGCUACAGGAGGCCUUCCUGCCCCUAUAGUCGAGAGCGAGGAGGGAGACGGCCGCGAUCUCUGGACGAAGAUUCGCAGCUUCCUCCGCCGCGAACACUUGCAGACUACCUACCACCGGAAUGUCCUCCAGAGCCGCAAGAGAUCAAGGAAGGCUCAGAGACAGUGA